UAGUUUUUAUUGCCGCUGUGCGGCUCGCGAGGGUGGGUGAGCCUUGGGUCCGGUUUUGAGGUUAGGGUUAGUGACUCGGUGACACUGGAAACGGCGGUUGCGGGUGUCCGUAGUGCGGGUCGCGAUCGCACCUCGGGAGAGACGAGGCCGUCUCGCCGUUUUGACGGUCGUCGAAACGAGUCGGACCGGUCCUACCCGGGCAAUUAACCACCGGCGAGACCGAUCGAAAGUGAGCUGGAUCCGGGGAAAUACGUACGUUCGCGUGAGAAUGGCACGCGCGGCCGAUUUGUUUAUGCUUUAUGUCUCGGCUAAGUCCUCGGGAACAAGGGAACUUGAACGCCGCUUUCGGCCGUCUAAAAAUAGCCGCCGCCGCUUCCAUCGUGGUUCGUAGACCUCGGCCAGAAGGUUGCAGACCCAGGUCCGGUCCGGGUAUGCGGUUCUCGAGAUCGAUUAACGGGGGAUCGCGACGCAACACGUGACAUAACGAUCCACACACCGUGUCCCAUCGGCACACUCGCGGGCCGUGCCUCUUUUGUUCGCGGAUACGGAAGAGAGAGAUCCGUUUCGAGAGGAGGCCGAGAUAUGCGGGUGGCCGGUUAGAGUGGUAAACGGGGCUCGUCGACGAGGCCUUACGAGGGUUCGGAACCGAGGGGAGAGAUGGACACGAAACGGGCGGCUAGUGCGCGGAUGGUUUGUCUUACGAUGGAACAGCAAGAGGUGAAGUGAAGAUGUCACAGACCGCGGAUGCUGAGAGUGAGGCGGGCUCCAUCUGCGACGAGGAACGCGUCAGGAAGCUGUUCCAAGCAUGCGACGGCGACGGAGACGGUUUUAUUGACAGCCAGGAUCUGCUGACGGUAUGCAGGGAACUGAACCUCGAGAACUCGGUGGAGGAGUUGAUGAGGGAAUUAGGGGCGGACGAGCACGGUCGCAUUUCCUAUCAAGAGUUCCUCAGGCGCCGCUUGGCUCUGCGACCGGAAAUCGAGGCCCUCAGGUCCGGCAGGCAUCGAACUAGCUCCCAUCACACCCACACACCAGAAUAUCUGCCUACUAGCAGCGACAACAGUCUCGGUACCGUAUCGGGCCGGCAUGAAAGUUGGGAGUUCGACAGCGGUGCACGGGACCUUUCCCCGGAACCUCACACCCUUCAGAAGCUAGUGGAAGCCGCGGCAGGCGGGACCGGAAAUAUGCUAGACUUGGCGAACAAGCUGCACGCGGCUGCGCUGUCAUCCCUGAGGAACGAGGUGGCAGAGCUGAACUCCAGGCUGGUGGCAGCGACAAGAGCCAGAGAGGCAGCGGAGGCAGCUUUGGUGAGGGCCGAGGUGCAGGCGGCCAGGACCGAGCAGAGGGCCGAGCAGCAAGCGGCUAGACACGAGGAGAGGCUAACCGAGUUGCAUUCCGUGAUCGCCGAGCUGGGCAGGCAGCUCGAAAGGCACCGUGCUACCGUAAUUGCCGAGGAGGAUGAGUCCGAAAUCGAGACGAGCAGGGACGCGGAGGGUUCGAUCACGAACCCGGUUGAAGAGAGCGAAGCCGGCGGCGACAUCCAAGGCGACGGUGACCGUACCUUAGGGGAUGCCGAUUCCAGCUGUUGCGAAGACAUCGAGCCCCGCGCCGUCGAGAAUGGCAGAGAACAGCUGGACAGUCCCGCCGCGUUACCAACCCCCGAGCCGACGCAGCAGGCGGCCUCCUGCCAAAGCGUUGCCGUCGCAGCGUUACAGGACGAGGUCACGGCUUUGCGAGCGGAGAUUUCGAGCUUGCAGACGCAGCUCGCCAAUUUUAAGAAUCAGGCGAACAACCAGAGGCAACAGGCUGGCAGCGACUCGCCUCGCAGGGAUCUAAGGACAAGAGGCAACACCAGCUCGCCGGAACCUUUGAGUGCACCUUGCUCGCCACUCUUGCCGCCCCUGCAGACACCGCCAACAAAGAGCGUAACGAGGGAGGAAGCUCCUGUUCUUAAAAUGGCCGAGAGGGUGAGACUCAGGAGGACGGACGAGAGGCACAUCACAGGACCCGAUAUUACCAACUUGGGGGUAUGCUCGACGAUGGUGGCGGAGCACUUGGUGUCCGAUCUCCUGGAGCACUCGAACCUGCAGGAGCUGAACGGGUCCGAGAAGCAGUUCGAGGUCGAGACGGAGAGGCUGAACAGCAGACUGGAACACGCUCGAGCGAACAACGCGGUCCUCGCUUUGACCUUGCACGAGAGCAAGGCGCAAUGCGACAGAUUGAGCCUACUGGUAGGAAAGUACGAGUCGAACGCCACUGCGUUGCGUCUAGCUCUUUCCUACAGCGACCGAACGAUCGAGGCCUACGAUGUUCUCGUGGCGUUGUUGGAGAGCGAGAUCGCUUUGUCCACGGAGAGGAACAGCAUCACGAUCGACAACAGGAGGGCGGCCGAGCACGUGGCCUAUCAUGUUUUAAACAAGCUGGAGAACGAGUGCGUGAACAGCCUAAACGCGCCGUGGGAGGACAGCAUAGUUUUGUCCGAUGAGAACGAGGUGGCGUGGAGCGUGGAAGACGAGCAGAGGCUCAGGAGACACAUCAGCCAAUUAAAAGGGGACCGCGCGAUGGUCAGAUCGACCGCAGUGGAAUUGGAGAGCGUCCACGCGGAGCCUCUGAACUCGAAGAACACGAUCUCGCUCGCGGAGGCCAGGAAACUGGACUUGGAGACCGCAGUGUUGAUGCAGGAAUUGAUGGCCAUGCGGGAGGACAAAGCUGAGUUGCGGGCAAGAGUUUUCCUACUGGAGAAGGAACGGGCUACCAUUGAAUUAAAAUUAAACGCCCGCGACACGCAAAUCGCGGCCCAACACGCUGCCAUUGAGCACCUUCAGGGUCAGCUGAACGACACGGAGGCCAUGCUGGCAAUGGCUACGAAUAAAGAUCGCAGUCUGAGUGAUAACGAAAGCGAAGGCAUAGAGUCAGAGCUGAUAGAGGCGCUGGGCCGUGAAGCUAGGCUGAAAGAACGUUUGCAGGAAUUAGUAUCGACCUUGGAUAAAGUUAACAAGAAUUCGGAACUCAGGCAUCAACAGUCCGCCGAGCUUGUAAACGAUUUGAAGAGAGCCAAUGGAGCACUGGUGCAAACUCUAGAAAAAUCCAAGAAGAAGUACCAGUCUAGAUUAAAGAAGCUGGAGCAGCAAAUGUUGGGCAUGGUUGAAAGGCAUGCUACACAGGUGAACUUAUUGAAACAACGGAUAACAUUGCUAGAGGAGGAAGCUGCGGGAUACAAAACGAGUUUACCGCUUCAAUCCCAAAGCUCCGGGGCCAGCGAGACGUCGUUAUGACAAUUUAGUGACUAAUGGAAACUGUUCGACGCCAGUUCAAGGAACGAGUAUUUUUUACUAUCUUUCCUGACGUAAUAGAACGUUCGAAACUGAGAUGAAAUUUACGUAUUUUUUUACACGGAUAGUUGGCCGAGAAUAACGCUUGAUUAUUCGCUUUGUAAUUCUAUAAAGGACAAAAAAAAACACGUGUAGUGGCUAUCCUAAUGGAUUUCAAUUUCUAAGCUAGGUUUUACGCGGAUCUGCUAACUGAGAUACAGCAAUGCAAGCAAACUAUAUAAGAAAGUCCUCCAGGUAUACUGUGAAAUAUAAAUAAUUGUUACUUGAUACUAUAUGUCAUUUAUAGACAGUGAUAUUCAUCUUGUACAUAUGUAUAUUUCAAGCAUUAAAGAAAAGCGUGAUACGUGUAAACUAUGAUGAAAUAAAUUGUGCUUUAUUAAAUUC